CAGUAGACUCUCACUUUGCUUCCUCUCCUCUGCUUCAUUCAUAUCCCACCUGCAGGCUCCAUCAAUUAAAUCCUGGGACGCACAUGGAGGCGGAUGAAAUGCCGAUUGCGAAAUACGAAAAAGACGUGGACGAGGAGGGCGAGGAGGAUCUCUUGGCGGACUACUUCGAGAAAAGCGCGUCCGCGGUGAGACAGACUUUUGGACGCUUUGAGCAGGACGUAGUGCGUCCCGUCUUGGACUAUGUUUCUGUUGCGUUUCACAAACGACCCAUUCGCUCAACAUUUAUAGCGUUCUAUCUUGCGCUCAGCAUCUUGCCCGUCCUCUCGUUCAUAGGAUUCUCAGUAUUCAUCGUUGCGACCUCGAUAUUCGUCGCGCUUGCUGGUGCUAUCCUCUUUGCCUCUAGCGCUAUAAGUUUUUUCGGCUUCUGGCUCGCUUGCACGCUCAUCUUCUUCGCCUUCGUCUCCUUCAAUCUCACGCUAUCUACCCUCGCUACCUACCUCUUUACCCAGUUCGCCUUUCGAGCGCGCACGGACGGCGCCCGCCUCGCCCUCGCCUCCGUCUACGCCGACGCUCGCGCCCAGCUCUCCCUUGGGCGCGCCCGCGGCCGCAAGCCCACGUCCCGGCCCCUUCAUACAUAUGCAUCCCCUGCCGCAAACAUCAUACAAAGCUCCGCCCAGACGGAGACAUACGAGGGCGUGAGAGUGAGCGCGAACGCGCAAGGGAAGAACGAGGGCAGCGAUAGGUACGACACGGUCAUCAUCGUCGACGUUGGUGAGGACUCGCAUUCGCCGUCGCCGUCGCCACAGGACACGCAGAGAUCCCCAGCAUCCACGGGGACGACGAACGCGGCGUUUGGGGAGAAGGUACCAGGCAUGCCAGUCGAUGGGCCCGUCUAGUAAUUGAGAAAAUGGCACGAAGAGGAGAGGCCGAUGUGGCGGAGGGAGGAGCUGGAUGUAUGGGGCGUGGCCGUGUGCCUCGAUUGGACAGUACGGAUAGUGUAUGUUAUGGCUGUAUUGUAUUGGUGGCUGGGAGCCCGAGCUGAUACCGGCUGCUCGUAUGUACUCGGGCUGCGACGAC